AUGUCGCCAGGGAACAAGAAGUCAAACCCGGAUCCAAAUGCAUUUCCUACGAGACAGCUUCUAGUUCUUGCAAUAUGCCGUUUCUCAGAACCCAUCGCCUUCAACUCGAUCCUGGCGUACACAUUCGUCAUGGUGAAAGAUCUAGGCAUAUCUGACAAGGAUGCCUCUUUCUACGCUGGACUUCUAGUAUCUGCUUAUGCUGUCGCCGAGGCGUUGACGUCGAUGGGCUGGGGACUCUUGUCGGACCACAUUGGCCGCAAGCCCGUCGUGCUGCUUGGCCUUGUAGGCGUCGGCAUUUCGAGUCUCAUUUUCGGCCUAGCUAAGCAGUAUUGGGUUGCGCUAUUGGCACGAUUCAUUGGCGGGGCGCUGAAUGGCAACGUCUCGGUUAUGCAGACCAUGGUAGCCGAGAUGGUUAAGCUCCCAGAGCAUGAACCCAAAGCAUACGCCGUGCAGCCGUUCGUAUGGACUUUGGGAGGCAUCAUCGGCUCUGCCAUGGGAGGAUUCCUGGCUCAGCCUGCGAUAUUCUACCCGUCACUUUUCCCUGCAGACGGGUUGUUCGGCCGUUACCCGUAUCUGCUACCCAACCUCGUUUCUGUUGCGGUCGUUGCUAUUGCCGUAAUCCAAGGCCUCUUUUUCCUGGAAGAGACCAAUGCCAAGCCUGGCAAGGAGAUCAACAGCAGUGACCAACAUGACCAGAACGAGCAAUCUACCGCGGUGGCUGAUGACGAUGUCGAGCCAAAUGAGGAAACCACCCUUCUUCGUCGGCCUUUAAGGCGUACUAGCAUUCCUCGCAGAGCCGUCUCAACUUCAGUCAGUCGCUCUCGGCCACAAUUCGCAGAGUCAAGUCUCCCACUCCCCGUCGAGCACGACUUUAUCGACUUGCGCCGCUCCUCCUUUGGUACUGUCCACUCCAUUAGGCUAUCGGAUGAGCUGCGUCCUCCCUCGACGGAGCCACCAGCCUACGAGGGGAAAACGUUCAACUUUACCGUCAUGAUGCUCAUACUGGCCCUGUUGAUAGCCUCAUAUCACCAGAUGGCUGCUGGUAGUUUGCUCGCCACGUAUCUCCUCGAUAAGCCGGAAGUACCCUCAGGCAGGUUUGACUGGCGUGGUGGACUCGGCUACACGGUACACGAUGUUGGAACAUACCUUGCUGUUAACGGUGCUUUGGGCUUGCUUAUUCAGGCUGUCAUUUUCCCUCUGUUUGUCGAACGGGUUGGCGUCUGGCAUUCAUUCCUAUGGAUGAUCGUGCUAUACCCCCUGACAUACAGUUUGAUGCCCUUCCUGUCAGCCCUCCAUGAGCCGCUGGUCUCGGGAGGUAUUUAUCUCUCACUGUUCAUGCAGAGUUUCUGUGGUAUGAUAGCGAUGCCUGUCACUCUCAUUCUGCUCAAGGAUGCUACACCCUCUCCUCAAGUGUUGGGCAGAGUCAAUGGCCUCGCAAUGUCUGGUGCAUGCUUGGCGCGAACGAUAGCGCCGCCCCUUGCUGGAGUUAUCUACAGUGUCGCGGGCUCGGUCAUUGCCUGGGUCAGCUGUGUGGGCGUGGCCUUGUUGGGCGUGCUGCAGCUCCUAUGGGUUCCUAGAAGCCGUAUCCGCAGGGACGAACUUAUUGUGGACAAUGGCCUCACGAAACAUCUUACCAACGACUCUCGCUCUGGUGCGGCUGGUAGUGAGAGAGUUGAUAGGCCUUGA